AUGAUUGGCAUCGGGUUUCCCCUUAACUGCAAGGACACGGGCGAGCCCAUCACCACGCUGAAGGUGGACGGUGGCAUGACGGCCAACAAGCUGCUCUUGCAGUUCCAGUCCGAUAUGCUCGCCUGCGACGUGUCGGUCCCCGUCGUCGCCGAGACGACGGCGCUGGGCUCAGCCUACGCCGCCGGCCUCGCCGUCGGGUUCUGGAAGUCCAAGGACGAGAUGCUGGCCAACUGGGCCGAGAAGAAGAGGGUCACGCCUCAGAUGGAUGCGGCGACGCGGCAAAAGUACUCCAAGUUCUGGAAGAAGGCGGUCUCCAAGACGCUCGACUGGGUGGAGCUGGAUGGGGAGGGGACUAAGCCAGCCACUGCCAAGCCGGGGCCGCGCCAGAGCACCUUUGGCAGCACCAACGCGAUGGACGGCGCCGCUGGCGCCCUGGACAUGAAGGUGGCGCUCAUGGAGAAGAAGCUCGAUGCGGUGCUCGACCUGCUCAAGAAGAGCGCACCCGCCGCCUGA